AUGGCGUCAAUUGAAACUGGGUCAAGUUGUUUCACUGAGUGUCUUGGUAGUAUAUUAGAUCAAAUUUGUCGUAAAUCAUCUUAUUCAAAUUCUGUUAAACUUAUCAAUUUAAAUUAUUCAAAUGAAAAUGUAGCACAAAGUUUCACUCAUCAAGUUGUAUCAGUUUUGAAAGGAACAAUUAUACCUUAUAGUCUAAGAAGAUUUUUGUGGCCGCUAGCAUUAUUUACAGUCACCGAACGGACUAGAUCAGAAUUCGAAAAUCCAAUUAUUUGGAAUGGACAUAAAAUGAGAGAAUUAGAAUCAUCUGCUCGAAAAAAUUUUGGCGUUUUGUUGGCAUCUGGAACCGCAAAACUUGGAUUGACCACACCAAUGUGUUCAAAAUUUGAUGAUAUCAUUAAGAAAAGUGUGAAAGAGAUCAGUCUAGAACUUGAAACAAAAUUCAAAAAUCAACAAAAACAAUUUAAACAAUUCAAAGAACAAUCAGUGAAAAUUUUAAAUGUAUUUUAUACAGCUAAACAAAUUUAUGAUCCACUUUAUAUUUAUUGGCUUCUUCCUAUACAUUUUGCACUUAAUAAAGACUAUAUUUAUGAAUUAAUUAAACAUUUUCCUGAUAUACCAACAAAAGUUUCUAUUAAUUCAGCUGAUGAAGGUAUUCAAAUCUAUUCGUUUGCUUUAUGUUUAAGUAUAUUUGUUGAUAUAAUGAGUAAAAAGUAUGGAUUAUAUCAUAAUAAUGUUAAUAAUAUAAUUGAAAAAACAAUGAACAAUAUCAGUCAACUACAAUGUAUUCAGCAUAUUAAAAAUGUUCAUAAAGAAUUUAUUCUCCGAAAUUCUAAUAAUAAUAAUAAUAAUAAUCCUAUUAAGAAAUUGGAUUUCGAAGUAUUUCAAAGUCAAAUGAUGAAUGUGAAUGAUUUCAAUACUGAUCAAAGAUUAAAUACAUUAAUUGAAAAUGAAAACUCAUACCUUUACAGGCUCUUAAAACAGUGGUUCGAUAAACUAUUUGUUGGCACUGUAAACAGUAUAGCUUUAUUAUUUUUUUGGGAUCAAUUAUUUUUAAAUUCAUUCAAUUGUGAUGUGAUUAUUGAAUUCGCUGAAACAAUCCUUGUAUUAUUAGGCUCAGAUAUUUUACAAGUUAAUAAUUUUACUGACAUGGAACAACUAUUAAACCAUGGACCGAAUAAACUUCUAACGAAGGACAUAAUUCAAACAUGGAAUAUGAUUCAUUUACAUAAAGUUUUAGAUGAUGAUUACUAUAAAUUAAACAGACUUUCUGGGAAAUUAGUAUCAUUAACAAGGGAAAUACAAGAAACAUCGAAGAAAGAUGUCAAUUUUUAUUUACAAGACUUUGUUAUACAUAAUAUAAUUGUAACAACAGUAACAGAUUCAAGAAAAAUUUUACCCCCUGAUUUGUUUCGUAUAAAACUGGACUAUAUUGUUGAAGAGGAAAUAAAACAAAGUACUUUGACUGAAACUAUACCGACAAUUAUAUUUCAUGGGAAAAUAUCACGAAUAUAUGAUUUCUUAGAUCAGAUUUAUUCUACUGAUGAAGAUUAUGGUAAAAAUAAGCCUAAUUCAAUUACAAAUUAUUCAUAUCCAUCAUUCAUACAAGAACAAUCUAAAAUGUAUAUUACCAUGUUUCAAUUUAACAUGGAACAAUCUUACGCUUUUAUGAUUUAUCCAUAUAAAUUAUGGACACGUGAGGUUAUCAAUCCAAUUGAACAAGGUACCUAUCCAGAAAUAUUAUAUGAUUCUGCAUGGACUAUGGAUUAUUUGUUAAUCCCAUUCAAUUAUUUAUUUUAUCACUUCUACUCAUUACCCAUCAUAGAAACAGAUAAUUCUAUACCACUUCAACUUCUACAUGGGUCACGAAUCUCUCUUCGACUUUAUAACCCUAAUAUUGAAGUAGUACCGAAAGUUAUAGAACAACCAACUAUCUAUAUAACUAGAUCAGUUCAAACUAAGGUGAUAUAUAAAGAAACAGUAAAUAUUGAAGAUGCUGAAUAUCUUCAAGAAGAACAAAUUAUAGACCAGGAAGUUGAGGAUAUUGAAGAAUUAAGUCCACCAGCUACUCCGAUUGACGAUCCAUGGGUACCAUUCAAAAAACUUGCACCAUACAAAAGAUUAAUGAAACCAUCUUCAACAUCUGAACCAUUUUGUAUUUAUGUCGACCAAUUACGCUUCAUGCCAGAUAACUCGACAAUUUUUAAGGUUACUGGUCGGUUACUAAAUACAAAGUAUGAUGAGGAAUUAUCGGACAUUUUGAUUGUACCAGAAGAAAAUUUUGAGAUAAGAGAAACUAGUAGAUCACCAGUUUUUUCUCCAAAUCAACGUUUUAUUGUUAAUCUUAGUCAAAACAAAACUUUAUCCCAGAACUCUUUACUAUUUCUAAGGGUGUAUACACUUACACUCACAAAUCUAAAAUAUGUAGUUAUUGGAAACGUUCUGCUGAAGUUAUUCAAUUCAAAUGGUCUACUUAAUAUUGGUGGGCAUCAACUUAGAUUAAGAUGUGAAGUACCGAAACCAAUAUCUCAGAACAUGAAUAAUAAUGAAAUAUUUUAUCAAGAAGAUUCAUUAAAUAAUGCACCUUAUAUACAUUGUUCAACAAUUCUUGUUCGUCUCUUACCUUAUACAGAGAAGCCUUUACCUCAACCGGAAUACAGAUUUAGAUCAUAUCGUUCAGCUGAAUCGACUCCAACAAAUUUUGAAUGGGUUGUAUAUCGUCAAUUCCAGUCCGAUGAAAAUAGGAAAACAGACAUACACAGUAUGGUGAAAAUGAUUUUACGGCGUGAGGGUGAAUUUGACAAAUCUUCAGAACAAAAUGACUUCUUAACUCCUGAUUAUCUAUAUCGUUACACACUUCAGCGAAUGUCAAUUAAAAGAAAUACAACUACAAAUGGUAUACCAAACCAAAUGAUUUCAGCGUUUCCAUUUUUUUAUCGUGUAAAUGACGGUUUUCUGUUAAGUUUAAAGGACGCUAAGGGUUUGACAGUAAAAGAAGGAGAUUAUAUUUUUGGGUUGGCUAAAGUUAUACGAAGCUCUGAUACUAGUCUUAUGCCAGUUAACAAAUUUUAUGGUUUUGGCAAUGAUGAUGACUUAUUAUUCGACAGAUUUGAUUCGACAAUGUCUCUUGAAAAUCCUAAAUGGGAAGACGCGCCUCAACUUACUAAACCAUACUACGAUUCGAAUGCGUUACUAAUCAUACAGAUAUUUAGAGUGCCUUUAGUAUUCACUAUUGGUGGAUCAAUAAGUAUAACCAAAUCAGGCAACUGGUUCAUUCCACAACUGGUUUCUCGAAAACCGAACAAACGACAAAUCACUAAAUUACGAAAAAUACACUUGAUUGGUUGGUCGUUCUUGCGUCUAUUUGAUUGGGGAUUUUUACGUAAUGGAACGCAUAAACUUUGUCUUCUUAAACCUCCAAUUCGUUUACGAACAUUAGAUAAAAUACAAAAUAAAGAUGAAGAAAAGUCAAUCAUGCUAAGAUCAGAUAGUUUUCUGGAAAACGCAAGUCUCACUAUACACUUACAAAGUGCUCGCUUUCUAGAUUUUGUUGAAGAAUUAAAAAUAGAUCAGCAGCCAUAUUAUUCUCAUAUUCCAAACGACGAACAUGGUACAGUAGAUGAAUAUGAAAAUGUUAAUCAACAAAUGAAAGAGUCUAGCAGGACUAACUUAGAUUCCAUGGCGGAAUUCAGAGCUAAAUCUGAUACGAAUUGGCUUCAACAAGGAGAAAUGGGAAGUGAAAAACUUUACACAGAAAUUCAUGAGUUUCUCAAGAAUCAAGUGGCAAAUUGUUCAUCAAAAAAAGAAUACAUGCCAUUAUUUUUUUCUCGGCUAUAA